UGCUCGUAGACUCGUAAAUCUGGACAUAUAAAUUAGAAUAGCGAAAAAAAUGGAAUCGUACCAAACCAGCUUUUUGGAAAGUGCCUUGGAGUCCAAUGCCUUGAAGUUCGGAAGCUUCACGUUGAAGUCCGGCCGUCAAUCGCCAUACUUCUUCAACUUGGGUUUCUUCAACACCGGUCUUCUCUUGUCUGAAUUGGCUACUUCGUAUGCAAAGGCCAUCAUCAAGUCCGGCUUGGAAUUCGAAGUCCUCUUUGGCCCAGCUUACAAAGGUAUUCCUUUGGUGGCCAUCACCGCUGCCAAGUUGGCCGAAUUGGACCCAGAGCACUAUGGUAACAUUCUCUACUCCUUCAACAGAAAGGAAAAGAAGGACCACGGUGAAGGUGGCUCCAUUGUAGGUGCUGCUUUGAAGGACAAGAAGAUCUUGAUCAUCGACGAUGUCAUCUCUGCUGGAACUGCCAUCAACGAAGCUUUCCAGAUCAUCGCUGCUGAACAAGGCAAUGUAGUUGGAUGUAUCAUUGCCUUGGACAGACAAGAGACCACUGCAAACUCCGACACUUCGGCUACCCAAGCUGUCCUGGAAAGAUACGGAAUUCCAGUGAUUUCCAUUGUGUCUUUGUCUGACAUCGUUGAGAUUCUCAGUCACAAGCUUACGGAGGAACAGCUUGCUUCUAUCAAGGAGUAUAGAAAGCAAUACUCUCCAAAGAACUAGUUGUAGUAAGAUAUGUAGUAAUUAUUGACUCACUACUUCUAGGAGUCAAUAGGACAUGAUAAUAUAACGAAUUACAUAAAAUAAGUUUACUGUUUUCUAU